GAGGGGAGUGUACCUACCAAGUACAGUAUAGAGGCCAGUGAUGAGUAGCAGAACUGCUAUAGAGAGAUUCUGAUUCCGGUUCCUGGAAUGUUGGAGAGCUGGUGAUUAACAAGAUCCACAAGGAAGCAAGACCGUAAAUGUCACUUUUAACAACUUAACCACAUCUCUGCUCUUGAAAGAUCUAGAUGAGUACACAAGGUACGCGCUAGGCCAUAAGAUAUUGGCGGAAAUAUGUAGGAGACCGAGAAAUCGACGAUGGAAAUGAUGGUGUUCAUAACUUGACCUGAAAAUGAGUUGAAAGAAUGGAUAAAAUCAAUAUGUAGAAGUGAUAGUUCAGGUACAACAAAGAAAAGACUUUACGGGUUUAACACACGAUCAGAUUCAGCAAGAAAGGAUAAAGUAUGAGGUUCUGUUCUAAAAUAACAAGAAAGAUGGGUGCUAUAUAUAUUCCUAGUGCUAUCACUAUAUGGGUGAUAGUUAUUAGUUCAUUAGUGCAAUUCGUGACAGUGAUAGCAGAUGUUCACUGUCAUAUGGAAUCAUAUUUUUCAUCACCGUUUGUGACAGCACAAUACCAACAGGUUACCAUGACAACAGGGUGCAGAAGUCGUGAUGUCACAUCUACCUCACAACAGGUUUACGUACUUCAACUUAUCAGUGGGGGGCCUAGUCACGGUCACCAUGGCGCUCAGGUUUCACUCAGUAUUGCACCAAUCAAAUCGGGAAUACACUCGGAUACUUUGAUCUUCGUGCUAAGUUCUCAGAGACGUACAACAUGGAGGAUAUCCAGCAAACACCUCAACUCUACAGUCAAACACAUAUUUAUUGUAAAUCAUGACUCUCGUGUGCGGAAAGUGGGUCGAAUUAACCUAACUGUGGUCAAGCCAUUGGACAUCGCCCCUGGAUCAACAGAGCUUUUGAAAUGGGUUAGGCUGAGGUAUGAUGCUGUUACUGGAUUCUCGGAAAUCAAACAAGCCAAUCACAUUCAACAGUCUGUCGGGAUAGAACCAGAUGCCCCUGCCACAUGUGUAUUGUCAAAUGAACCAUCAUCAAUGACACAAUCACGCUACAUCCAAUCACAAGAUAUUAAGGGCUGUGCUGAUCCUAUGGCAACUGGUGACCUCCACAUCAUUGAAGUGGCAUCCACACACACAAACCCGCUGAAGAUGUCACAGAAUGACAUCACAGUUAACUUGGAUUCAUCAAGAGGAGAGCGCCAUCUGGUGCUGGUUUUGAAGUCACAACAUGGUGUCCAGUGGGUACUACGGUCAAGAAACUUCAAAGGAUCAAUCAUUAUUCUGAGUAACAACAAUGUUGACCACAGUGCACUCCAUAAUGUUGAAAUACAGAUGCGUACUAUGGUUCAAGUACAUUCUGGUCGCAAUUUGAUUCGCUGGAUUGAGGAGCAGUACACAACGAUGCGCUCAUAUUCGUCUAUCUCAGUGGCCAAUCAUAUUGAUUUGGACCUUGGGGAACUGCCAGUUGUUGAAGAGGCCCAUGAUGUUCCAAAAAACCCUAUUCUACCCAUGGAUAGUUUCUUAACCAUGGUGAAUAAGGAUAGGUCAAGGCCGGGGUCCCAUGUCUCUCCUUUUGACUCUGUUAGUAAGACGCAAGUUGCAAUCCAACAGGCCAUUAACAUUCAAUGCGACAAGAGCCAUCUGGUGGUGUCCUUGAGAAAACCCAUUUUACAGAUGAUUGGGAUGGAUGCUGGCCACCUGAGUCUCUCUGAUACAUCAUGCAUUGCAAGGUCAAAUAUGACACACUUCAUACUGGAGUCACCAUUCACUGGAUGUGGUACUAAGAGGAGAGAAGAUGCAGAUGGUGUUGCCUAUGCCAAUUCAAUCAAGGUGUUACCAAUAGAUGAUGAAUACAGUGGUAGCCAUGGCAACCCUCCUGACCACUCAGGAAUGGGAAUGAUGUUCUCUGAUGAUGCAAACACUCACCUUGAUGAUGAAGACUUCCAAGUUGGAGAAACCAUCAAAGUUGCUUUCGAAUGCCUCUUUAAAUCAGACACAGCGGAUGAAAGGAAGACUAUUGAACAACCCAAGCAUCAUAUUCAUCCCAAAUUUGGUCCUAAAUUGCGUGACACUUUGGGAUACUCGCUGGAAGUUUUCACUGAUAAUUUCAACUCACCAGAGAAAAAUUUUCCAAUCUUGCUGCAAGAGAAAGAAAAGAUCAACAUUGAGGCUAGUAUUAAUGCUGAUAAGAGGCUACAUGUUGUAGUUGACACAUGCUGGUUGUCCACUGACCCCUUGGAUACAAGCAAGGAACAUAAGGACCAUACUCCUCCUUUAAUACAAUCUGGGUGCAAACUUGAGGAAAGGACAGAGUGGGAGGAAGGCAACAACAUAGCAAAGAAAAGAUUCAGUUUCCUGUUCUCGAACUACUUGCAUAAUGAUGAGAAAACGUACCUGCAUUGUGAGCUUGGUGUGUGUUCAUCUGAUAGAGACUAUGCAGCACAGCUUUUCAAAACAUGUGUUGCCCCAGAUACAUACUGUCUGUUUAAGAAGAAUGGCAUUAAUGGCUAUGGAAAUACAGCCAAUGGCCACAUGAAGAUAGUUCACCUUGGACCAUUCAUGACUGAGACAGCCAGGAUAAAGUCUCUCCCUCCAGUUAUUGAGACAAAACCAAUUCAGCAUGCUAACACAGAUGACAGCAAGAUUCCCAAUAGGUCAUAUGCCAAGAAUGAUGCUACAUCUCAAAUCAACACAGAUAUAACAGAGAAGUGCCAGUCAGUGAUUAUAAAUGGAGUUGAUACGCCAACUGUUAUAGGCAUCUCUGUAGCAGCUUUCAUAAUAGGAGUUUUGCUAACUGCAGCACUAUGGCUAAUUCACACCCAUACUGGUCCAGGGAAGAUACAGCAACGUAGAAAUCGUGUUCCACGUCGUAUACUCCGAACACCAGAGGGCAGCAGUGAAUCCACACCCAACAGUACAACACCAAUGCAGACGUAGCCAUAGCAACCUCAUUUCAUUAUCAUCAUCAUUAUUACAGAGAAACAUCGGAGCUCUUGGAAUUGUCUAGAAAGAACAAUAUGCUCAUAAAUUAAUCACUCAUCAAUCAGGGGUGUCAGACUAAUUGUCAGAAGAGCCAAAAUUACCCAUCAGUUGAGGGUGUAAUGGCUAUUCCUGGAACAGCUGGGCAUUGCUUUUCAGUUUGAAUUUUGAGGAUAUGUGGCUCAGUUUGAAUAUUGCCAAUACAGAUGCUAUGAUAGACAAUGUAGCAUAAGACUAAGACUGGUAUAAUCCAGAAGAAUCAGCUGAUUUACCUACCUGAGAACACAUAAUUUAAACUCAUCAUUACCCAUCAUGCAUUUUUCAAAAUGGCUGAAACAGGACAGUGUUCUGUGAUAACAUGAUGCGGGUAUAAAGUGUGGUAGCCAAAAGUGCCAUGUCUCACUUAAACAGAACUAGCGGAUUCAGCCAUUUUAGUCAUUAUCGUAAAUUAUUGUAAGAGUCAAAGAUGGUGGGAGUUAGCCCCAACAGUCCCAGCCCCAAUGAUGCAGAAAUAUACCUCAUGGGACUGGGGGGCUCAUUUUGACCACCUACGGGUGAAAUAACCUCAGGAUAUUUAGGUGUUUGGAUAGGUCAACUAGGUUGGUGUAAAAACCACAAAGGGGUCUGUGAGAAGCGGACACUGAAGACCCCUUAGAAACUGUUGACAACUGACCAUAGGGUUGUGUUAAAAAGCUGGUGGGUGUGCCAGAAUUUGGUAGCCAUUAUUGAGUCGGGGAGCGGUGACUUCUAUUAGAAUAUAGAACAUAUCAAUGUUAGGAAAGAAGUAUAGAAACUCAUACCUUCAAAUUUUAGUUCUGUCUUAUACCUCACUACUUCUGUAGAGUGAUCAACUGGUGCGAUAUAUUUAUUUUUGCAUGUAAUUAAUACCCCCCCACACUUCUGUGUUCAUACUACGCAUGAAAAAACUCGAGUACAUUUAAAUCAACAAGAUAUUUUAGUUUCAGUUGAAUUUUCAUAUUUAUUCCUAUCUUGUUAAAAUACUUGAUCCUGUAAGUUUUUAGGAGUCUGUCACACAAAUUCUCUCUUAUUUUAAAAAGUUGAACUUCAAGAUUUUCUGAA